GAUUGAGCAUAAACUGUAUUUUGAUUCUGAAGUUUAUUUUUGUAAAUGACUUUUCUAAUAUUUUGUGUCUCCUCAUGUCAUGUAUUUGUUGACAUGAUAGUCGAUGCUUUUAUUUUGAAAGGGCUUGGAACGGUAAGGUGACUGACGCAAAACGGUAGAAGUAGCGCGGCCGUUCGGGCAGAGAAAGUUGACAUGAACGAGUCGGAGUGAAGGGGAGAUAGUUGGGGUGUGAUUCAGGGUGACAAUCGGUUGGUUGGCGCUUGGUUGAUGAGGGAACAAGCUCUUACGGUGAGUUCACAAUAAAAGGCUGUUCAAUAAAGGACUGUGAACCAUCACUUUAAGAGACCAUCUUAUUCAACCGGGACGCUACAGUAAGAGCUUGACCCAAGCUGAGAAGAGCUUCACCCCGAGCUAAGAAGAAGUUCAAUCAUUCUCAGCACCAAGCAUGGAAGCAUCUGAAAAGGAAACAGAGUACACAGAGGACCUACCUGUCAACGAGGAAGAGGAGCCUCCAUGCUCUGUUCGUCAAAAGAAGCCCACAGAAAAAAUGCGAGCAUAUCAGGAGGAGGAGGCCCACAAAAAGGAAAAACGUCUAAUCAAAGUUUAUGAUCAAUGGAAAAGAGUUCCCUCAAACUGUCAGAGAAAUAUCAACUUGUUGACCUUUGACCCUGAUGGAGACCAUGUUCAAUGCAGACAUGGAUCAGGUUCCGAUGAGUGCUCCACCUGCACACCUCCGUCUGUCCUCAGUCUCUCAUCGUCUUGUUCUCUAUCAUUCAGUCCAACCAACAGCAGUGAUGAAGGUUCAUAUGCAGUUCAGCUGGUGAUGGAGGAUUUUCCCAGUCAGACCAUCAAUAUGACUGAUUACACUGGUUCAACAGUGUCGAUAAACUCCAGCAGUUCUAUGAGCAGAAUCCCUGUCCAGUUUGUUUUCAAAGUGGAUCCUGCAGCUCCGUCCUGCACAGCAGGUGAAUAUCUGCCCAGGUUUCUGCCUCCAACUCCUGAACAUGGAGCUCAGUUCUUCAUAAACGUUAAUGAGAUGAUAGAAAUCAACAUCAGAGCAGAGGCGACUCAGUCUGUGAUCACUGAGCUCCUGUUCAGCGGACCGUUCAACAUGAUCAAGAAUUCAUCUGGUUCAGGAAAUUUCACCCUGAGAUGGACGCCGUCUGACAGUCAAAAUGAUGAUAAUGAAAGCCAUCCCAUCUGUUUUGUUGUCCAGGCAACUGCCUCCAGUUCUAUCUACCAGUCUGAGCUUCGAUGUGUCAUUGUGAGGGUUGGAAACAUACCUUUCAUAGCAACUCCAAGUCCUCCUAAAACAUCUCGUCUUACGGUUCUGAAGCUGAAGAUCUCGACUACGCUAUCACUGAAAGACAAUAAAGAUAAAAUUGAGAAAGCGAUUAAAGAUGAACUGAUCAGACGAGGGCUGCCUCCAGACAUAAAGGUCCGCCUGCUGAGCGACGGUUCAGUGAAGGUUAAUAACUAACCGCCCCCUAGUGGCUAACAAUGAGAAUAAAUCUGAUCCAUGCAGAGGAA